AUGGCGACCGGAGUCAGGCAGGAGCUUGCACAGCUUAUGAAUUCCAGUGGAUCUCACAAAGAUCUCGCCGGGAAAUAUCGACAAAUCCUGGAAAAAGCAAUUCAAUUCACAGAUGCUGAACAACUGGAGGCACUAAAGGCAUUUGUUGAAGCCAUGGUCAACGAGAACGUCAGUUUAGUCAUCUCUAGACAGCUACUGACCGACUUCUGCACCCACCUACCGAAUCUCCCUGACAGCACAGCCAAGGCAGUCUAUCACUUCACCCUGGAGAAGAUUCAACCCAGGGUCAUCUCUUUCGAAGAACAAGUGGCUUCAAUAAGACAGCAUCUAGCAACCAUUUAUGAAAAGGAAGAGGACUGGAGAAAUGCUGCUCAGGUCCUUGUGGGGAUUCCGCUGGAAACAGGACAAAAGCAGUACAAUGUAGACUACAAAUUGGACACAUAUCUGAAAAUAGCCCGUCUCUACCUUGAGGAUGAUGACCCAGUCCAAGCAGAGGCCUACAUUAACCGAGCUUCCCUACUCCAGAACGAAUCCACCAAUGAACAGCUGCAGAUUCACUAUAAGGUAUGUUACGCCAGAGUCCUGGACUACAGGAGGAAGUUUAUCGAGGCUGCGCAGAGGUACAACGAGCUGUCCUACAAGUCCAUUGUGCAUGAGAGCGAGCGGCUGGAGGCCCUGAAACAUGCCCUUCACUGCACCAUCCUGGCCUCUGCAGGCCAGCAGCGCUCCCGCAUGCUAGCCACCCUGUUUAAGGAUGAGCGCUGCCAGCAGCUGGCUGCCUACGGCAUCCUAGAGAAGAUGUACCUGGACCGGAUCAUCCGGGGGAACCAGCUGCAAGAGUUUGCUGCCAUGCUGAUGCCCCACCAGAAGGCAACCACGGCCGAUGGCUCAAGUAUUUUGGACAGAGCAGUCAUCGAGCACAAUCUUUUAUCUGCUAGCAAACUCUACAAUAACAUCACUUUUGAAGAGCUUGGUGCUCUGUUGGAAAUUCCUCCUGCAAAGGGCGAAUGUCCUGAUGAGGAUGCCCCUGGUUACAGAUGCAACUUGGCAGAAAAGAUCGCCUCGCAGAUGAUUACAGAAGGCCGAAUGAACGGCUUCAUCGAUCAGAUUGACGGCAUCGUUCACUUUGAAACGCGUGAGCCCCUGCCCACCUGGGACAAGCAGAUCCAGUCGCUGUGUUUCCAGGUCAACAACCUUCUAGAGAAGAUCAGCCAGGCGGCGCCCGAGUGGACGGCGCAGGCUAUGGAGGCCCAGAUGUCCCAGUAGCCUGGCUGCCUCGCUCCCUUGAACACUCCCCCCUAACCCAUCUUUCUGAUCACAGCUUUUAAACGUCCUGCCCUGCUCCGCCCCACAUCAAGGUCAAAGGUCACUGGAAAAUCGGCACACACCGCCCAAAGCAAAGGGGGGCCUUUCAAACCCCUCUCCCCCCCAAUUUGGAUGUAGCAGCUGAGGCCCACUGUAGGGUUGGUGGCAGCUCCAAGAGGAUGAAUUUAAAGUUUUCUUAAAGCUAAGCUUUUCUUCUGCUGCCGUCCUCAAGGAGGGCCUAACAUUUUGACAGUUUUUUUUUUUCUCCCCUGCUUGUGCCCGUUUGUCAGUGAUUCCAAGUGGGCAUAAUGCUGGGCAUUGUCUGUGUUUGUGAGCAACACAGCGCCAUAUUCCAGUUUGAUGUUCAGGAAGUCAUCGGUUGUUCUGGUAGCGAUGUGUAGCGGAGGCAGGGGUGUCUAAUUCAGAGGUAUGCUACUCUGCACCUGGAGUGUUGCUGUCCUGUCAGAUCUCUUUCAGCUUCCUGCUUAUCAAUACCAAUAACACCCUCAUUUGAUGACUAGUCGAGCUGAUUUGUUUGGUUGAAUGGCCUAAUGCGGUCCUCAGAUGUGUUGAAUCCAGGACUUUAUGUUCCAGGACUAAGUUUGUGUGCUUGGAGCUCAUGACCCCAGGGUUACUGGUCUAUCUAAAGCAGAACAGUUUUACUUCCUCUUACAGACAUAAUGUGUACCCACUUUUUUUUGAUUCUAGAAUAAUCUGUUUUCGUGCCGCGCUUUCCCAUGGUAUCCUGUUAAAGAGAUGUUUAUGUAUGGCUCCUGUACUGAGAUGAAUAAAACUGAAGUUGAAUGAG